CCAACCGCCACUCCAGCCUCUCACCAUGCCUACAGACAUGAGCUUGUGGACCGGGCCGCUGAGCCUCCACGAAGUAGACGAGCAGCCCCAGCACCUACUGCGGGUCACCUACACGGAGGCGGAAGUGGGCGAGCUGGGCCAAGUGCUGACGCCCACCCAGGUUAAGCACAGACCCAGCAGCAUUUCAUGGGAUGGCCUUGACCCAGGGAAACUCUACACCUUGAUCCUCACAGACCUGGAUGCUCCCAGUAGGAAGAAACCCGUGUACAGGGAAUGGCACCAUUUUCUGGUGGUCAACAUGAAAGGCAACGACAUCAGCAGUGGGAAUGUCCUCUCGGAUUACGUGGGUUCCGGACCUCCCAAGGGCACUGGCCUCCAUCGCUAUGUCUGGCUGGUGUACCAGCAGGACAAGCCACUGAGAUGUGACGAACCCAUCCUCACCAACCGGUCUGGAGACCAUCGUGGGAAGUUCAAAACUGCAGCCUUCCGCAAGAAGUAUCACCUGGGAGCCCCGGUGGCCGGCACGUGUUACCAGGCAGAAUGGGACAGCUAUGUACCAAAGCUGUACAAACAGCUGUCUGGGAAAUAGGAGGAUCACUUGAUGAUCAUGGCCACUCCUGCCAUAUUAUUAUCGGGUUCAGCAAUGAGUGGCAUGUCUUUCCUUUUCCCAUUCCCACCUGCGCAAGGGAUUCUUGAGCUGUUGUAGGGAGGUAGUUUAGGAUGGCUUUUUCUCACCCUAAAGAUUCCAACUAGUUGCACCCAGUUGGUUUUGAUCAAACUUAAGGUCCAUCUGGUGGAGAUUUGGCACUGUGAUGGACUCGGUAUAUUGUUAAUAAAAGAACAGUAACUCUGAAAGUAAAAAAGGCAAAAUCCAAGUGAAAAGACCGGGCCUACAGGAAGAAAGCAAGGACUGGCCUCUGCCUCUGUUCUGAAUCAGGAGCUGUGCACAGUGGUUCCAGUUCGCGGAGUUGUUUGAAGGUCCUGUCUCCCACCUGCACACCCAGAGACUUUGUAUCUGGGUGAUCCUAGGCAUACAGCUGGACAAGUAUCUGUGUCUUAUGCCUCCAUUAAAGAGCAGAGCUCUGUUAAGAAGCAAUCAGGAAGACGCCUCCGCUGUGUGCUGACUUGGCAUGAGCCCGGCUGCAGUCCUGAACAAAAAUAGUUAUUCUGGGAGUUGUUUACAUUAAUUCUGUUUGCUUAUUGGCAAAUUAAAAAAUUAAAGCA